AUGCGGGCCAAGCUCCCCGACACACGCAGAGCGGCCAGUGCCGCUGCAACAGCAGACUCCUCCUGCUGCUCCUCGGGAGUCACCCCCUGCGCAACCACAACCACCACAGCAUCGUCAGCCCCCAGCCCGGCCUCGGCAAGCCGAGGGAUCCAGACCUCGGGCUUCGCGGAGGCCACCAGGAGAUCACCGCCCAGCUGGCGGAGGCUCGAGCGCAGGUCCUCCACACACUCGCGUAUGAACUUCGAGCGGAUUGCGCCGACCUUGGGCAGGCCCGUCUGCUUCAGUCUUGCGGAAAAGAGGCCCGGAUCAGCGCAGUAG